CAUGCCUACAAGGAAGGUGUUUUUGAAGAGGGAGCCGUGGUUUGUGCUCCUCAUGCCAGUGAUAUAACUAUGUGGUUGUCAACCAGACUGGAGGAUGCUGGAAAAUUUCAAGCACCUCAGUCUUUGCCGGGUUCAUAUUUUGUUCAGCAACCAUCUGGGAGAUGGGCACUUCAAGUACCAGAAGAACCGGUAGUCAGGGAGUCUUUUAGGUGGCCAAUUGGUUUUAUUACAACUGGCUUCAUUCGAGGCAGCAAGAAGCAUGUGGCAAUAGCUCUAUGUGAGGCGGUCUUGCUUGCUCAUCUUAGAGAGGAUCAAUGGAAGACCAUCUCUGUUAGCAAGAGGAGGAAGGAAAUUUACGUUCUGGUUAGGAAUUUGUGGUCCACCGCAUAUAGACUUGCUCUUGCCACCAUAGUUCUUGAAGCACAGGAAGAAGAUUUGGAAUUCAUGUGAUCCCAAGUUUCUACUGUGAAACUAUAUUUUUGACGGUAGGAUAGACUAACAUUUUGUGGAGAGCCUUGAUUUUCCUCUUAUUUGAUGUAUUAAUGGAGUAGUAAACUGGUAAUGCCUGGUUACAAUAGUACUUCUUCCGUUUGGGUA